GUCCCCUUCGCAACUCACUGGAUUAAGCACGAGAGGCUGGUAGAUCUUUUUUUUCUUCAGAGAAAAAAGUAAAGGUAGAAAGCAAGAAAAAUGUCAGGAAUAUCACAGGAUUGGGAACCAGUUGUGAUUCGCAAGAAGGCCCCCACCGCAGCCGCCCGCAAGGAUGAAAAAGCUGUUAACGCCGCCCGUCGCUCCGGCGCUGAGAUCGAAACAGUCAGGAAGUCUAAUGCGGGGACAAACAAAGCUGCCUCAAGCAGCACUACCUUGAACACGAGGAAACUUGAUGAGGACACAGAAAAUUUGGCUCAUGAAAAGGUGCCCAGUGAACUGAAGAAAGCCAUCAUGCAGGCUCGAUUGGACAAGAAAUUGACCCAGGCUCAGCUUGCUCAGAUGAUAAAUGAGAAGCCCCAAAUUAUCCAGGAAUAUGAAUCUGGAAAGGCAAUUCCAAAUCAGCAGAUUAUUUCAAAACUGGAAAGGGCCCUUGGUGUGAAACUGCGAGGAAAGAAAUAAAACAAGCAGAAAGUAGAGUAUUAAAAAAAAAAGAAGAAAAAAAGCACUGUAAUGUUGUUUUCAGUCCUAGAAGUGUCGGUGUCCAUGAACAUAUUUUCUCUUGUUUCUAACCGAUGUCAUAAUCACCUGCUAAUAGUAUGGAUUAUGGAUUUGGCUUUCCUUGUGAAUGGGUUAUGUUUUCUGAGGAUUCCCCUCAUCUCAUGAUUCGCAAUAUGUUGAUGUCUCCUUUGUUUCACUGUAGCGUUUUAUCUGAAUUUCGAACAUCCUUUAUUAUA